AUUAGGCCGGGAGGUCAGUCGGAAGCCUCAGGCUAGUGGCGACAAAGGACCUAGGUCCGGGUAGUGGGCGCUGCCGGAAUCACUCAAAAGUGGGUCCCCUGAGCUCGGAGCCACUGGGUAUGGGUACCGAGAAUGAAAGCCCAGAACCGGACUACCAGAAACAGUUUCAGGCCGCUGUCAGUGUCAUUCAGAACCUGCCUAAGAAUGGCUCUUACCGCCCGUCCUAUGAAGAGAUGCUGAGAUUCUACAGCUACUACAAGCAAGCUACCAUGGGACCCUGCCUGGUCCCCCGGCCCGGGUUCUGGGACCCAAUUGGACGAUAUAAGUGGGAUGCCUGGAACAGCCUGGGCAAGAUGAGCAGGGAGGAGGCCAUGUCUGCCUACAUCACUGAGAUGAAGCUGGUGGCACAGAAGGUGAUCGACACAGUGCCCCUGGGCGAGGUGGCAGAGGACAUGUUUGCUUACUUCGAGCCCUUGUACCAGGUGAUCCCUGAUAUGCCGAGGCCCCCGGAAACCUUCCUGAGAAGGGUCACAGGCUGGAGAGAGCAGGCCCUGAAUGGAGAUGUUGGGGAUGCCCCCGAGCCUCCCUGCCUCCCCAGGAAACCAGCACCCCCAAGUCCAGAGUCCCAGCCACCUAGGGACCUGGACUCUGAGGUUUUCUGUGAUUCCUUGGAGCAGCUGGAGCCUGAGCUGCAGGUGUGGACAGAGCAGAAGGGAGCCCCUGGAGGACAGCCUGACACCCAGAACAGCUCCAGGCUCCCUGAAGAGAGAGAGGGCAGCGUGCUGGGGCCCCAGGAACUGGACACGUGGCUGGUGGGGACAGUUCGGGCACUGCAAGAAAGCAUGCGGGACGUCCAGGGAAGACUGCAGAGCCUGGAGAGCAUGUCUGGCCUCCGAAGCAGAAGAGAAAACGGAAUCUCGGGAAGGCUAGGUAAUCCAGCCUGGAGGAACCUCACAGAGCUGCUGUGAGGGUUAGAUGAGAUAAUGCACCCCCCCAACCACCCCUCCCCAGGAAGGUCUUCUCCAGUGGGCUCUACUUUAUACUAUUACCAUUAUUAUUAACAUCAAGUGAUGGAGCUGGGAGUGGCCCCAGGUCUGUCUCCCUCGGAAGCCGGGACUCACCGUGGACUCCGAGUGGGCCUUGUUCUUGAGACGCCUGGGGUCACGGGGGCAGGAGACUGUUGAAUUGCUGGAUGUGGGGGUUCGCCUGAGUGACCCCUGACCCCCUUGACACCGUGGGUGGCAGCCAGGGGGCAGGGAUUUUGCCUCAGAUUCACCUUUCAAGGCCCACCCCUUCGAGGUCUUCUCAUUUAUGUGACCUUUAGCUAAUUUUACAUGCUGAAGAUUUUAAAGACUUCCACCCCAAAUAGCUGGUUUUCCUGCUCUAAAAAUAAGAACAUUCUACUACCUAGCCCAAACGACAACAUUUUAGCACACCCAAGUCCUUCGUACCAUCAAAUCCUCCUCCAAACUGAAAUCUCCCAGUAGUCCCGAAAUGGUCUUUGCCAGCUGCUCUGUCUGUCCAGUCCCUGGGCGGCAUGUGCUGCAAUGGGUUCUUCUGUCCUUUAAGACUCCUUUCAUCUAGACCAGCCCCACUUCCUUGCUACUGACUUAUCGGGACUGGGCCAGUGCUGUGGUCCUGGAGAAUGGUCCUUUUUGGGUCUUUCCGAUGACAUCCUCAUGACUGGCUAAGUUUACAUGACCAGAUUAUGUCAGACGUGAUGUUCUUCACAUUGGGGGGACACAGGUGUGGAUGUGCUGCCAUGAAUGAUUCUCACAUGGACCACUAGCAUGGAUGAAGGGGUGACAGUUGGGUCCCAUCACUGUUGGAGCCAAGGAAAUGUCCAGCUCCCCCAUUCACUCCACUGGCCCUGCGAUUUUUUUUUUUUUUUUAAGAUUU